AUGAGUGGAUUGGGAGAAAACGCCUUGGAUCCAUUGGCCCCUGAUUCACGAAAACGCAAGUUGCCAUGUGAUCCUCCAGGGCAAGGCCUUGCCUGCAGUGGUGAAAAGUGGAGACGGGAGCAGGAGAGUAAAUAUAUUGAAGAAUUGGCUGAACUAAUAUCUGCUAAUCUUAGUGAUAUUGACAAUUUCAAUGUCAAACCAGAUAAAUGUGCAAUUUUAAAGGAAACAGUAAGACAGAUACGUCAAAUAAAAGAGCAAGGAAAAGCUAUUUCCAAUGAUGAUGAUGUUCAGAAAGCUGAUGUAUCUUCCACAGGACAAGGAGUUAUUGAUAAAGACUCCUUAGGACCACUCUUACUUCAGGCAUUGGACGGCUUCCUAUUUGUGGUGAAUCGUGAAGGAAACAUUGUGUUUGUGUCAGAAAAUGUCACCCAGUACCUGCAAUAUAAGCAAGAGGACCUGGUUAAUACAAGUGUCUACAAUAUACUGCAUGAAGAAGAUAGAAAGGAUUUUCUUAAAAACUUACCAAAAUCUACAGUUAAUGGAGUUACCUGGACAAAUGAGACCCAGAGACAAAAAAGCCAUACAUUUAACUGCCGUUUGUUGACGAAAACACCACAUGACAUUCUGGAAGACAUAAGCACCAGUCCUGAGAUGCGCCAGAGAUACGAAACGAUGCAGUGCUUUGCCCUGUCCCAGCCACGGGCUAUGAUGGAGGAAGGGGAAGACUUGCAGUCCUGUAUGAUCUGUGUGGCACGCCGCAUUACCACUGGGGAGAGAGCAUUUCCAUCAAGUCCUGAGAGCUUUAUCACUAGACACGACCUUUCAGGGAAAGUUAUUACUAUAGAUACCAAUUCACUGAGAUCCUCCAUGAGACCUGGCUUCGAAGACAUAAUCCGAAGGUGUAUCCAGAGAUUUUUCAGUCUUAAUGAUGGGCAGUCAUGGUCCCAGAAACGUCACUAUCAAGAAGCUUAUAUCCAUGGCCAUGCAGAAACCCCGCUGUAUCGAUUCUCUUUGGCUGAUGGCACUAUAGUGACUGCGCAAACAAAAAGCAAACUCUUCCGAAAUCCUGUAACAAAUGACCGUCAUGGCUUUGUCUCAACCCACUUUCUUCAGAGGGAACAGAAUGGGUAUAGACCAAACCCGAAUCCUGUUGGACAAGGCAUUAGGCCUCCAGCAGCUGGAUGCAACAGUUCGGUAGGCGGCAUGAGUAUGUCACCAAACCCAGGCUUACAGAUGCUGAGCAGCAGGACCUACGGCUUAACUGACGCUGGCACCACGGGGCAGAUGAGUGGAGCCAGGUAUGGGGCUCCCGGUAGCAUAGCCUCCAUGAACCCCGGGCCAGGCGUGCAGUCGCCGUCUUCCUACCAGAACAGUGCCUACGGCCUUGGCGUGAGCAGCCCUCCCCACGGGAGCCCUGGUCUUGGCUCCAGCCAGCAGAGCAUCAUGAUUUCCCCUCGCCAUCGAGGGAGUCCAAAGAUGGCCUCACACCAGUUUUCUCCUGUUGCAGGUGUGCACUCUCCCAUGGGAUCUUCUGGCAAUACCGGGAGUCACAGCUUUUCUAGCAGCUCUCUGAGUGCCCUUCAAGCUAUCAGUGAGGGCGUGGGGACUUCUCUUUUAUCUACACUGUCUUCACCAGGUCCCAAAUUGGAUAACUCUCCCAAUGUGAAUAUAACUCAACCAAGUAAAGUGAACAGUCAGGAUUCCAAGAGUCCCCUAGGCUUGUAUUGCGACCAGAAUCCAGUGGAGAGUUCAAUGUGUCAGUCAAAUAGCAGAGAUCACAUUAAUGACAAAGAAGGUAAGGAGGGCAGUGUGGAAGGGUCUGAGAAUCAGCGGGCUCCUCUGGAAAGCAAAGGUCAUAAAAAGUUACUGCAGUUACUCACCUGUUCUUCUGAUGACCGGGGUCAUUCCUCCUUGACCAACUCCCCCCUGGACUCAAGUUGUAAAGACUCUUCCAUUAGUGUCACCAGCCCCUCUGGGGUCUCCUCUUCCACCUCUGGAGGUGUAUCCUCCACAUCCAACAUGCAUGGAUCACUGCUGCAAGAGAAGCACCGGAUUUUGCACAAGUUGCUCCAGAAUGGAAAUUCACCAGCAGAAGUAGCCAAGAUUACUGCCGAAGCCACUGGGAAAGACACUAGCAGUACGACGUCUUGCGUAGAAGGAAACGUCAAGCAGGAGCAACUUAGUCCCAAGAAAAAGGAAAAUAAUGCUCUGCUUAGGUAUCUGCUGGACAGGGACGAUCCUAGUGACACCCUCUCCAAAGACCUCCAGCCCAAAGUGGAAGGCGUGGACAGUAAAAUGAGUCAGUGCAGCAGCUCCACCAUUCCGAGCUCGAGUCAAGAGAAAGAUGCUAAAGUUAAGACAGAAACACAUGAAGAGGGAUCCGGAGACUUGGAUAAUCUAGAUGCUAUUCUUGGUGAUCUGACUAAUUCUGACUUCUACAAUAAUUCCAUAUCCACAAGUGGUAGUAAUCUGGGAACUAAGCCACAGAUGUUUCAAGGAGCUAAUUCUCUGGGUUUGAGGAGUCCACAGUCUGUGCAGUCUGUCCGUCCUCCGUAUAACCGGGCAGUGUCUCUAGACAGUCCUGUUUCCGUUGGCUCAAGUCCUCCAGUGAAGAAUAUUGGUGCUUUCCCUAUGUUACCAAAGCAACCCAUGUUGGCCGGCAAUCCAAGAAUGAUGGAUAGUCAGGAAAAUUACGGCUCAAAUAUGGGUGGACCAAACAGAAAUGUGACUGUGAAUCAGGCGCCUUCCUCAGGAGACUGGGGCUUACCGAACUCAAAGGCCAGCCGCAUGGAACCUGUGAAUUCAAAUGCCAUGGGGAGACCAGGAACUGAUUAUAAUGCUUCUUUACCCAGACCUGCCAUGGGCGGCUCGCUGCCCGCCAUGCCACUUCGGUCCAAUAGCGUCCCAGGUGCGAGACCGGUGAUGCAGCAACAGCAGCAUCCGCAGCCGCAGCCGCAGAUGCUUCAGAUGCGGCCUGGUGAGAUUCCCAUGGGGAUGGGGGUCAGUCCUUAUGGCCAAGCAGCACCAUCAAACCAACCUGGUUCCUGGCCAGAUGGCAUGUUGUCCAUGGAACAAGGCCCUCAUGGGACCCAAAAUAGGCCGAUUCUUAGGAAUUCCCUGGAUGAUCUCCUUGGGCCACCUUCUAACCUAGAAGGCCAGAGUGAUGAAAGAGCAUUGUUGGAUCAGUUGCACACACUCUUGAGCAACACAGAUGCCACAGGCCUGGAAGAGAUUGACAGAGCUCUGGGCAUUCCUGAGCUUGUAAAUCAGGGACAAGCUUUGGAGCCCAAACAGGACGCUUUCCAAGGCCAAGAAGCAGCAGUAAUGAUGGAGCAGAAGGCAGCAUUAUAUGGGCAGACGUACCCCGCGCAGGGGCCUCCGAUGCAAGGAGGCUUUAAUCUUCAGGGACAAUCACCACCUUUUAACUCGAUGAUGAAUCAGAUGAACCAGCAAGGCAGUUUUCCUCUCCAGGGAAUGCACCCUCGGGCCAACAUCAUGAGACCCCGAACAAACACUCCCAAGCAACUUAGAAUGCAGCUUCAGCAGAGGCUGCAGGGCCAGCAGUUUCUGAAUCAGAGCCGUCAGGCACUUGAAAUGAAAAUGGAAAACCCCACUGCUGGCGGGGCGGCAGUGAUGAGGCCCAUGGUGCAGCCGCAGGUCAGCGCCCAGCAGGGUUUCCUUAAUGCUCAGAUGGUCGCCCAGCGCAGUAGAGAGCUGCUGAGUCAUCACUUCCGGCAGCAGAGGGUGGCGAUGAUGAUGCAGCAGCAGCAGCAGCAGCAGCAGCAAACCCAGGCCUUCAGUCCACCUCCGAAUGUGACUGCGUCCCCCAGCAUGGAUGGGGUCCUGGCUGGGCCUGCCAUGCCGCAAGCUCCACCCCAGCAGUUUCCAUACCCACCAAAUUACGGGAUGGGACAACAACCAGAUCCAGCCUUUGGUCGAGUGCCUAGUCCUCCCAAUGCAAUGAUGUCAUCAAGAAUGGGUCCCUCCCAGAAUCCCAUGAUGCAGCAUCCUCAGACCACACCCAUGUAUCAGUCCUCAGAAAUGAAGGGAUGGCCGUCAGGAACCCUGGCCAGGAACAGCAGCUUUCCCCAGCAGCAGUUUGCCCACCAGGGGAACCCUGCAGCGUACAGCAUGGUGCACAUGAACGGCAGCAGUGGUCCCAUGGGACAGAUGAACAUGAACUCCAUGCCCAUGGCUGGCAUGCCCAUGGGUCCUGAUCAGAAAUAUUGCUGA